CGGCGCCUUCGUGCGUAACUCCGCCGGAGAAUACGAGCUCGUCCGGCUGCAGGGAUACCCCGGGCGAGCGGUGUAGCUUUUAAAUUUCAGGGGUGAUGGAGGACUGAGGUGGACAGAGAGACGCGUGGACAAAGCACACGGGAAACGGGGUUUGAUCGGCGUGGGCCGUCGACACUUCUCCUAAAUAGCGCGGCCGUAAAACAAAGGAGGAGGAGGAGGAGAGGGGGGGGGAGAAACUGGAGAGGAGCGUUCUGGGAGCAGCGGCGGCUGUGUCAGCUCUAAGGUGGUCUGAUUGAGUUUGCCUCUUCCUUGUGUUGCCAUGGCGAUGCGGGAGCUGGUAGAGGCAGAAUGUGGGGGAGCCAAUCCCCUCAUGAAGUUGACCAGUCAGAUGACCCAAGAAGGAGGGGCAUGGAGGCACCGGUCAACACCUACAAUCCCUCCCACAUCCAUUGAAAUUGCAACUGAAGAAGAGUUAGUAAAUGAGUUCCUGCAGGCGCCCCCGCGGCCCACACACACCUUUGACAUGGGCCAGCUACUGGAGGAGAUGCAGCAGAUUGAUCAGCAGAGCUACAGACAGGCACCACAGAGAGCUCCAGGUGUGGCAGCGUUAGCCCUCUCUGGUGAUUGGGCUGCUGAGUUCUUGUCAGGUGCUGACGCUGCCUCUUCGCCGGUGUUGGCCGGACUCAAUGACACAGCUGACGCAGACUGGACGAAAGAGUUUAUUGCCGAGGCUGCAGAUCCUGGGCGUUGGGCAGAGGAAUAUCUGGAGCAGUCAGAGGAGAAGCUGUGGCUGGGGGACCUUGGAGACAAGGACCACGAGUGGACAAAAGAGUACCAACCAGGAGAUGAGUUGAAACAAACCGCCAAUGAGCUCGUGUCGAAGGUUGAUGACCCCAAAUUACAGAACACUGAGUUCCUGCGAUUCAUUAGGCAGAUUGGCGAGGGCAGUGUCACAGUGGAGAACAGAGCAGACAAACAGCACACAGAUAAAGCUCAGGCCAAGGAGGCUCAGAACUGGGCCUCCAACCUCAACCAGUUCCUGGAGGAGACUGGGGGAGGGAGUCUUCCCUUGGAAACCCAAGAGAUCAAUGAGAAGAUUGAGAAAGCUAAGGCUAAACAGGCAGAGCAGUGGGCCAAGGUCAUCGGGCAGGUGUCGGAGGAGUCGGCUGAAGCCUGGGUAGACGAGUUCGCCACAUCAGGACCUGAUUUCCAACAGGCCAAAGCUGCAGUGGAGAGUGAUGUGGACUUCUGGGAGAAGCUGCAGCAGGAGUGGGAGGAGAUGGCCAAGAGGGAUGCCGAGAGCCACCCCUGGCUGUCUGACUUUGACCAGCUACUCAACAGUUCCUAUGACAAGGGGUACCAGUUUGAAGAGGAAAACCCCUAUCUCUCCCAUCCAGACCCCUUGGCAGAGGGUGUAAAGAGGAUGGAGGCAGGGGAUAUCCCUGGAGCCGUGCGGUUUUUUGAAAGUGCUGUACAGAGAGAACCAGAAAACCAACUGGCUUGGCAGUAUCUGGGAACCUGUCAGGCAGAGAAUGAGCAAGAAUUUGCUGCCAUCAGUGCCCUCCGCAGGUGUAUAGAGCUGAAGAACGACAACCUGACCGCUCUGAUGGCGUUGGCUGUUAGUUUUACCAACGAGUCGCUGCACAGACAAGCCUGUGAGACUCUACGUGAUUGGCUAAGGCACAAUCCGAACUACCAGUCCGUCCUGGAGCAGAGUGAGCGUGAAAAGGAUGGAGCCAGGGAGAGAGAGAAGGAGAGGGAGAGAUUUGGAUCACUGUUGCCUGAGUCCUUGUUCACAGAGGUCCAAUCCCUGUUUCUGGGCGCAGCCAACUCUGACCUGUCCCAGGUGGACCCCCAGCUGCAGUGUGGCCUGGGAGUUCUGUUCAACCUGAGUGGGGAGUACGACAAAGCAGUGGACUGUUUCACUGCUGCCCUUUCUGUCACGCCACAGGACUACCUUCUGUGGAAUAAGCUGGGUGCCACACUAGCAAAUGGAAGCCGCUCUGAGGAGGCAGUCGCCGCCUACAGGAGAGCCUUGGAACUGCAGCCAGGGUUUGUUCGCAGUCGCUACAACUUGGGAAUCAGCUGUGUAAACUUAGGAGCACACAGAGAGGCUGUGGAGCACUUCCUUGAAGCUCUGUCUCUACAGCGCCAGGCUGCAGGGAACAGCGCAGGAGCCCCACGGGGGCCUGGAGGAGCUGCAGCCACCAUGAUGUCUGACAACAUCUGGUCCACCCUGCGCAUGGCUCUCAGCAUGAUGGGAGAGAGCUCUCUAUACACUGCCGCUGACCAUCGCGACUUGGACACAUUGCUGGUUCACUUCUGCCAGAGAGAGGUAGAGGGCGGGCCUGACUGACGAACAGGAAAUGCCAGGGCAGGGAGAGGGUUCAUAGAGUGUGAGUGUGUUUUGUUGGGAGGAAGUUGUUUGGGUGAAUUGGAGAGAGAGGUAGAGGUGGAUGAGGAAGGACGAUUGCAGGAGCAGUGAUGAGGGAGUUGUCUGAAAGGACUGAAAUGGAAGCAGGUUAGGCUGAGAGAAUGGGAAGUGGAGUGAGUUCAGCACUGUGAAUCAUCCGCCCACAUCAUGUACCUGUGCUGACAUUAAGUGACUUGUAUAAAACACUGCAAGUAAUAUUGUCUUCUUGCGGAGAAGCAGUCAGCAGUAAGACGCACUGUGAUGUUGGAAACAUACAAACCAUAUCAGUGUAGUUCACCUGUCAAGCAGGCUUUCCAUUGUUUCCUCCCCCUCCAUUGAUCUGAUGAAACUGGAUUGGUGAGACUCGGCGUUUGUUGGUUUCAGUUUUUUUUUUUUUUUAAGAUUUGAAGGCUAAUGAUGUAGAAUGAGUGAAAUAUCGCCUCUAGUAGUCAGCUGAGAAGAUGCUAUCAAAUUGAAACCUCAAGUUGUAGAUUUAAAAAAGGUACUAUAUUACUGCAACAUUAAAAGGAGUACUGCAUUUUAUUUAAAAUGCUCAACAGUGAAGGGUUAGGCUGGGCCAGAUUCACACUGAAUAAAGAAUCCACCGGUUGGACGUACUGAUGUGUCUGCCUGCAUUUCUUUUUUUCCAAUAAUGAAUGGAUUAAGAGCAAGGAUGUUGAACUGACAACCAGCAAACUGUUGCCAUUAUUUUGUGUGUGUGCGUUUGUGUGUUUGUGCGUUUGUGUGUGUGGGGGUGGGUGAAGCCGGGAGGGUAUAUAUCCUGCUAUGGAGAAGAUCAUUUAAUAACAGCGCAUUGAAAUGGAGUUUUUUGGGCUCCUCCCACUCCUUUUCUUUUUCUCAAUGCUCUUGUUGUAAAGUCGGUUGGCUUGAUUGUAAAAUAAUGCUUUCUGCCAUUUUGUGUAUUGUAUCAUAAUUGCACUAUUUGUUUUCAAACUAGUUAAUCUGACUGUAAUGUUUAAUAUAAUACUCAGCAAUAAAGCUCUGAUUCCAUGU